AUGGCCGUCCUCUUGGGAAGAUCGAGACAGCUCGCUGCUGUGGUAAUUCUCUUUGUUGUCGUCUUUGCUAUCUUGCAGUUCAGCUACACUGACGAUUUUGCCCUCGCCGGGCGCUUGUCGGAGUCUGUACGAAUAGUGGACGGAUGUUCCCCUGCUGCACUCGAAGCUAUCGAUAACCCUCGUCCUAUACUCGAUCCCUCAAUACCGAACAUUGUCCAUCAGCUAUGGAAAACAACCGACGUCCGAGAAUACUCCACCACAAUCACGGCGUCUCGCGAAGCAUGGAGGGACAUGCUCGAGCCCUCCAACUACACCGUCAAGCUAUGGACAGACGACGAUGUCCUCAACCUCAUCAAGUCUGAUUACACGUGGCUGCUGUCGACAUACGAAGGAUACCCCCACGACAUCCAGCGAGCCGACAUUGCGAGGCUGCUCAUCGUGCACGCCGAAGGAGGCAUCUACUCCGAUCUGGACGUAUACCCCAGCUCCGCGGAGCAUAUUCAAUGUCUCCAGAGGCUUGGUUUGGAAGCCAUAUUCUCCCCUACGGCGGGCACACUUGGCCUCAGUAACCAUUUCUUCAUGGCCAGGCCUGGCUCUCCAUUCCUGCAAUGGGUGCUCUACGAGGCCAAGCGGAGGAGCAGCAGGCUCGCAUCGCGGGGCAUAGUCCUGCCAUACCUUCAGGUUUUCUGGUCCACGGGGCCGAUCAUGGUGACGGCGGCGUUUAGACAAUACGCCUGGCUAUACGACACGCUCCGGCUCGAUAUAGGGCUGCUCGACGACGGGUUUGGGGGUUCGGUGGUGCGACAUGCCGCUGGGCGGUCCUGGCAAGGGGUGGACGGCCGGGCGCUAAAUUAUAUUGCGGAUCAUGCUGGGAUGGAGGCCAUAUUAACUGUCGCUGCAUGUUUUCUUGCAGUGGCGGGACUUGUCUAUGUGGUUAGGAGGUACAAUGGAGUGCGCACAGAAGAGUGCGAGCGCGCCACACAAAGUCGCGCCGAGGAUGCUUUACCUGCAAGGCUCGCAGAGUCAAGCCAGUGUGACGAGAUCAAACCAAUAUGCGGCGCCUGUGAGUUGAGAGGAGAGCCCUGCGACUGGCCUGCAGAAUCUGCCUCCCAGCGACACGACACGCCUGAUCAGCCGAGGGCUGGUGCAGAUGGCUCUCGCAAUGAGCCACGCAAUCAAACAACGCGCGACGCACCCGGUCAUAGUGCAGAAGAAUGGGCGCUCUCAGGGUCACCGCAUCCGCUGCAGUUCAAUAUGCGCCCCUCGGACGCCCUGCGCACGCUGGGCGGCGCGUCUCAGCACCUGAACAUGAUUGACCUGCAGAUGCUUUCUCACUUCAUGCUGCACACGGCCAAAAAUAUGUCGCUGAACCCGCGGCGCCGGCACAUCUGGGAAACAGUCAUCCCUGAGUUCGCCAUGAGAAACGAAGGACUGAUGCAUCUGCUCCUGGCGUUAGCCGGGCUGGAUCUUUUCUCGUCUGACAGGUCCGUGGCUGAUGGACACCAUCCGUCUCCUGCAGGGAGCUCGCCAGCGGUCGCAAAUCAUCACAUGGAUGCUGCUUAUCUCCCAGUCGUCAUCGAGCACCAUCAACGGGGUCUGAAGGCAUUCCGAGAAGAGCUCUCCAACCUGUCCAGCUCCACUAUCCAUCAUGCUUUUGCCGGGUCGAUGCUGAUCGUUGGAUUCGCUCUCGCAUCUCUACACAUCCGGAACUUGAGUGAUGGGCCCCUAUCUGAGUCUCACCCGCUCCAGCCUCGUCUGGACUGGAUAUUCAUGAUUCAGGGGCUGGGUACAGUUGUGAGGCAACACUGGCCGGAAUUGAGAGUUGGUCCUCUCAGGGACAUGACGUAUUUCAUCUAUAAUAACGACGACUGGCGCAUGUACCCCCGGGAGACGUUUGUCGGUGUCCCUCAUCGGCCCUGCUCGGCAAGGAUUGCAAAAUUCUACUGUGGCGCCUGCGACGCAUUGAUGCACCUCAGAACUGCACAUGAGGCCAUGCAAUCAGACCCCCGCCUGCUCGAGGAGCAGAGCGGAUCAUUCGAACAGCGCCUGCUGUCAAAACAAAAAGACGCGCUUGAUACUGUAGAGCAGACUUACAUGCGGGUCCUCUACGUCGUCCGCUUUUCUGGGGGCGCGAGCGCGUCGCCUCUUGAUGUCCAGGCUGACCUGGAAGAGGCAGCUAUCAUGGCUUGGCCAGAAUCCCUAGCAGGGGAGUUUCUAGCUACAUUGAAAGAACAGGGGGUGCUUUCGAAUCUGUCAUAUGUCAUUCUGGCGUAUUUUCACCUCAUUUUCUCUCUUCUUGAGCCAUUUUGGUAUAUCAAGGAUUGCAACAAGACGGAAAUGCUACUCUUCUGUACUUUCAGCAGCCUAGGCGGGGGCAUCGUCCCAUUUGUGUCCGCAGCAGCGAUCACUGUCAUAUUGAGGAGGCCAUUGUUGAAGCUGGAUAUAGGUGGACUGGCCACUGAGUACGGCCCAUCAUCUCCCACAUCUUUUCCAGAACUUAGGGAGGUUAGGUCCUACCACUUCUCUCCCUCCUCUCCCUCCUUCCCUAUUGAUUCUUCAGCCUUCCCCUACUCCAGCAUGUCGGUCUCCAGGCUGGAGGAUCUCCCAGCUGAUAUUCUGCGGCUGAUCCACGACUACCUUGAUGACGAACACCCGCCGAGUUUGCUAUCACUGGCCUUUGCUAGCAAGCGAUGCUACAUAUCCGCCGCCUAUCGGCUCAACCGCGAGCUCAGGAUCUCCUUUUCUGGAUCCCUGGAUCCCACUGACGAAGACGUUCGCAAGUGCACUCAAGGGCUCGAAGGUAGUACGUUUCUCCUGGGAUAUGUCCGCCGGCUGAUAAUAGUCGACGGAAAGUAUCAGCCAACUGAGGAGUGUGAAGCUCGAUUUAUCUAUCGCAACGAUCGGGUAUUCAAUUCGAUCUUUGGAAUCUGCACCGACGGCCUGACCACCCACGGCGCUGACCCGGAUGAAAUCUACAUGCCCCUCCGCAGUAUUGAUGCAAAUCCCGAUAACAAAAUGAACUUCCCCUGGAGACCUGUGGCUGAGCUACUCGAGAAACUGGGAAACCUGACGGAGCUCGUGUUUGACGGCCCUCAGCAAUUCCCCAACGAUCUCCUUGAAGCCCUUCACCGAUUCCAGCCGGCCUGUAAGCUCUACAUCAACCACUUCUGGCUCAAAGCCUUCCAUACAGGGCGAAUCAGUGGAUACGAACGCAAGUUGGUUACGUCCCCGUGCCUAUACGGCAUUCGGGUCCUGUACGAUGGCACCGACGGGCAGUAUGCAGUGUCGAAAUCCAGUGCAAGGUCGAUUGCGAAAAUAGUGGCCACUAUAUCCCCCAAUUUGAAAAAUGUCAUCAUGCGGGACGUCGGACAGGCUACCAAAUGGAACCUCCUCGGUGGGAUGCGGUCGAAAAAUGGAUACACUCGAGGCUCGCUGGAAUCCUUGACUCUUGGAAUGUGCCAUGGAACCUCCCACUGGGAACUUGACCCAAACCUGCUCAAACUUACCAAAAAUGUUAUCAAGAACUGGGCAGCUAUCACUGACUUCACCGUCCUCGAGACGCUCGAUCUUUUGGACCCUUUAGAUAUGCAGGCUAUCGCGCUUCUCGCGAGCUUGCGACCUUCUAGACGGUGGAUUACCAAGUCACAACGUUUUUUUACAACCCUACCCUCUCUCUCAACUUUACGUCUUUCUGACUGGUCUGCUGAUGCCUUCCCUCUCCGUCCCACGCUUGACCGCCACGCGCGGGGACUAUAUCGUUUGGUCAUCUUCCCCACGCCUGGGGCCUACCUUACGACCACAGACAUAGCCUAUCUCAGCGAGGGUUUUCUUUCCCUAGUAGAGUUGAGUGUUCCGACCCAGCGCACACGAGGAGAUGCAGCCGAGAUCUUUGGGUAUACGAUGCUCGGCGCUUUGCCCAACCUGCGAUAUCUCAACCUGGAGCUGUGUACGCUGCCCAGAAUCGUCCUCAGAGACGCAUGGUACGGUAGGCUUAACAUACGUGUGGAUCGAACUUGGAGUCAAUUCCGCCGUGAAUAUCACGACGAAGGCCACGAAAUCUACGGACUUAGAUUGCGCAAAGGCCACGUCAUGGAAAUUCUGACAAACUCUGCAGUUGACGAGGCCCUUGCCUGUGAUAUCUUCGAAGCCAUCCAGUUGGCAAAGCCACGUGAUGCUGUACCUCUGAAGAGGUUGCGGCUAGAGGUCAACAGGAGCAGCCUUGUGAAGGUUAAAGGGCCGGUUAUGCAAACGAUUCUCCGCACUCUCUCUCCGCGGUGGUCGAUUGAAUUCGUCUCGCCGGAGAAAGGGUGGGCUGUGAGGGGGGAAGAGGCCUGCAGUCAUGCCGAAAAGACCCACACGUUUUACGGUGUUUUCAACAGCCACAGAGUUGAUUUCUUCGUGAGCUACGAGCCUAUCUUGCGCCUUAUAUGGCCUGCGAUAGAGGAAUCUGCGGUAUGGUGGAAUGCGUGGGAGAGUAUUCCGCUGAGCCGUUUAUGA